AUGUCUGCUGCCGUCCCGUCGUCGCUCGUGAAGUAUGAAACGCCGGUUCUGCUCUCCGAGGCACUGCACAAGAAGUCCCUCGCCUCGAAGCGGCCUGUGGCGAAUAAUGGCAAGCCGCAGCCGCAGUCCGAAGACGUCCUCUUCAGCAUUCUCCCUCCUCGCGAGUUCGAGAAGGACGGACAACGGUGGGUGCAGUACCCCUCUAGUACCCCCGCCACCCGGCUAGAUGUGAUCCGGCUACAGGAGCAGCUGGACACGUUGCUAGCGGAACGCCAAGCCCGUGAGACGGGUGUGUGUCCAAUCCGUGAGGAGCUCUACGGUCAGGUGUUCGAUGAGCUCAUUCGGCAAGUCACAAUCAGCUGCGCUGAGAGGGGACUACUGCUCCUGCGCGUGCGGGAUGAAAUUCGCAUGACGCUGGAUGCCUACCGCUCUCUCUACGAGAGUAGCAUUGCCUUCGGCAUGCGCAAGGCGCUGCACGCGGAGCAGGCGCACGUCGAGCUGGAGGCGCGGGUACGGGCACUGGAGCGGGAGAAGGCGGACCUGCAGCGGCAGGUGGAGGAGUUGGUCGAGGAGCGCGCACAAAUCGAGCAGGACGAGGCGCAGAGGCGCCAGGAUGAGCAGAAGAAGCACGACGAAGAGGUAGCCUUCUUCCGCCGCACGUACGAGACGCUGACGGCGAACUUGCAGACCGUCGUGAAUCCGACCAAGGCAUGA